GCCGACCUCAUAUUUUUCGACGUACCUUUCAUGCACGCUUAGAAGAGUCUCUCUCUCUCUCUCUCUCGCUCGCUCGCGCUUGCACGAACGCCAUACACACACCCCUUAUCUGCCAUGAAGGUCCCGCUCUCGGAGCAUCACGGCGAUAGGAACGCGCCGCAGCACAACGCAGGUGUCAACUUCAGGAGGGCGACGAUGAUCGUUCCCGCCGUGAUUCUUCUUGCCGCGAUCCCUCUAUGGCUCCUCGUUGUGAGCUCGCCCGUCCAGCCUCAAGAUUAUCCUCCAGCACGGUUGAUGGAGGACGAGAACGGCAGCCCCGAGGACACAGUAUUGGGGGCGGCAGUGGCAGCGGCGGCAGUGCCGGUGGUGAGGGAGAAGAAAUGCGACGUGUUCGUGGGGAAAUGGGUGUACCGCCCGGACGCGCCGACAUACUACACCAACGAGACUUGCUAUGCGAUAAGCGACCAGCAGAACUGCAUGAAGUUCGGGAGGCCCGACAUGGAGUUCCUGAAGUGGCGUUGGGAGCCGGACGGGUGCGAGCUCCCCCCGUUCAACGCUGCCGAGUUCGCUGAGAUGGCGCGAGGGAAGUCAAUCGCCUUCGUCGGCGACUCUCUGGGGAGGAACCACAUGCAGUCCCUGUUGUGCCUCUUGUCCAGCGUAGACCAACCGGAGGACAUAUCUCUCCGGUACACCACGGACUACAACUUCAAGCGGUGGUACCUCCCCAAGCACAACCUAACCCUAGGCACCUUCUGGGCCCCUUUCCUGGUCCGCACCACCGACGCCCGCGGUGGCCAGACCCUCAACGGCAUCCUCACGCUCCACCUAGACGAGCUCCACCCUUCUUGGUCCGCUGAGAUCAGCGCCUUUGACUAUGUCAUCGUCUCGGCGGGCCAGUGGUUCUUCCGCCCGCUCAUCUACUACCGGAACGGGCGGCUCCUGGGCUGUUCAGCAUGCGGGCAGGACAACGUGACCGAGGUGUCGAGGUUCCAGGCAUAUCAAGCGGCGCUACGCACCACGCUGAGAGCCAUCACGGGAAGGAAGGGCCGUGAGGGCAGCGGCGGGGGCGGCACCACAUUCCUGAGGACGUUCUCGCCAGCACACUUCGAGCACGGGGACUGGACCGACGGGGGGAGCUGCCCAAGGACGCGGCCGUUCGGGAGCGACGAGAAGAAGCUGGAGGGCUACGACCUGGAGUUCUACGUGGCGCAGGUGGAGGAGUUCCUGGAAGCGGAGAGGCAGGCGAGGGCGGAUGGGUCGAAGAUCCGGCUGCUCGACACGACGCGGGCGAUGCUGCUCCGGCCCGACGGGCAUCCGAACCGACAGUGCAACUGGCCCAAGAGCAACGUGGGCCGGGCCGAUUGUGUGCACUGGUGCUUGCCCGGCCCGAUCGAUACGUGGAACGAGCUCUUGUUUUAUGUGAUGAAGUCGGACAGAGGUGGGAAGUUCGCUCAAAGGAAGCUACAGAACUUGCGCAGCUGAUGUUUAUGUUUAUACGAUAUCGAGUGGAAUUGGGAAAAAGGCAAGUGCAUUUUUUUAUCGUUCGAAAAAUGGUUUUGGCAAUUUUCUGUUUUUCCAGCCGAAAAUUUUCGGCAAAGCAUGGGGAAUAGCGAUUCCGUUUGGGCC